AUGUAUUGGAUUCCUGAUGCAGAGUUUGAUGACAUUGAGACAGCAGGAAUAGAGUUCGGAGGUCACAAGACUCGUAUUGAGGGACAAGUGCUGGCCCUUGUUCCUAAGUACUGCCUGUCAGAAAAACUCACCAAACAGCUGCGUAACCUGGAGAGUCAACAGCUACAGGAAGGUCGCGACCUCAAGGCUGAUGUCACCCUGGCUUAUCAGGAGGUUGCAGCUAACAUCAUGGCCUUUAACUUUACCUGUCCAGAGUGGGCUUUGGUUUUAUUUGACAUUGAUGGUUUCACUACAGUCGUAUCAACAAAGAAGCUGAUAUAUGAGUCUGAAGAACUAGCAAAAGGCACUCAGUGCUUUUGCAAAUGGGGGAAAGAGAAUCUCAAGGUGGAAGUUAUUGAAAUAUCAGCAUCUGUUCCACACCUUGAUCACUAUGAAGACCAAUGGCAGUCUUCGCAUCGCUCAAUUGCCUUAGACAGGGAAAAGAAGAGACGAGGAGCAAGAGCCUGUGGGGGUUACUUGGAUGUAUGGCCUACUGAUAUGGAAGAGGUCAGUCAACAUCAUAGCUCUGAUGAGGAAGAACACCUUAAUGAGGCUGUGGAUAAUGUAGAUCAGCAGGCCAGUACCAAACCCAAAAGAAAAAGAACAAAGGAAUCUGCAAAGGAGAAAUUGGGCACAAAUGGGAGAAAAAUUGUAGUCCACUAUGAGGGAUCUGGUGACUUUCUCUCGGAGCAAGCUGUUCCAGGACGCCAGCCCUUCCACACAGAUCAUCUUACUGAAGAUCAGAUUGACGUUGUUGAACAACAGACUAAGGAUCACCGUCUUGGCAAGAAGACCACUUCAACACUGACUGAUACAGUGGUGAUUUUGGGAGAAGAUGAUGCCAUGCCGUGUUUGCAAAGAAAGAAAGAGACUUUGGACAAGUCUACAUGGACAGAAGGACUAACCCAGGGCAAACUGGACAGAAUUUUAGAGCUUUUGGAGCAGGUUGUCACCACCACUUCAGCUAUAAGGGAUAACAGCAUUCCGUCACUGCAAGCGAACCUGAACAAAAUCAAUGGGAGAGUUUCUUUAUCAGAUAUACUGAGUUUUAACUUGACCGCUGAUCCAGUAGUGGAGCCAUCAACAUCCAGGACCGAUGAAGCUCAUCCUGUUAUGUAUAUGACAGAAGUGGAUGCUGCAGAUGAUAUGGAUGAUGACUUUCAAGUGUUGGGACCACUUCCACCUCUAACGCCUGACCGUGCCCAAGAUACAGCUACUCCAGUUUUACCUGUAGUAUCAACCCCUGCAGAACCAGUGUAUCUAGCCACACCCGCUCGUGCUUCAGGAUAUGAUCUGCUGUAUCCAAUGAAGAAGGCAGUUAUGCACUACCCAUGCAGAAAAGGACCAGUGGUGGAAAUAACUUCAAGUUUGUGUACAAGCAGUGUUCCUGCAGAUGCUGAAGUUAGAGUGAAAACUUGUGUCCAGCGUGCUGCAAAAUCACAUUCAUGUUCGGACAAAAACUAUGGCUGGGUGCUUGUACAGACAUUGUUCUCAGUUGAGGAAAUGCGGGAUAGAAAUUUUUACGGAAAGAAGGGACGUCUUCCUCUAUCACCAAGGAGAGUCCAUGCCAUUGAACAUGCCAUCAUUGAUAUGUUGGGUGACAGUGCCAUCAGCAUGAGGAGUUGUGUAAACUCAAUUAACACUGGAAUGAGGAACAUGCAGCUGAGACCAGCUCCGAAAAGACUUCCAUUCGUUUCAGUGGAAAACUUUCCUUGACAUUGUGUUUCUAUAUUGUUCGAAAAGUAUAAUCAUGCCAAUCAAUAGCAAGUUGUGAUGAUGACAAUCAGAAAUGAUAUAGAUUUCAAUAGAAAGCUGUGAUGUUACAGAUUUGUAGACAAAGAUAUUUGGAUGAUAUAAGUAUACUAUAAAUCUCACAUUGCCUUAAGGAUGUAUGUAUUAAGAAGUAAAAGUAAAAACAAAUAUACGAAUGAAGAUUUGUUAAA